AUGCCCGACAAAAAACUCCACCUAACCGCCUUCAUGCGGCCCGUGAGCCUCCACACCGGCGCCUGGCGGUUCCCCAACUCCCACGCCGACGCAAACUUCAACCUGACGCACCUGAAAUCCUUCAUCCGAAAGCUCGAGGCCGCCAAAUUCGACGCCUUCUUCAUGGCCGACCACCUCGCCGUGCUGAACAUGCCCGUCGAAGCCCUGAAGCGCAGCCACACCGUCACCUCCUUCGAACCCUUCACGCUGCUCUCCGCCCUCUCGCAGGUAACAGAGAAGAUCGGGCUUGCGGCCACGGCCUCAACGACCUACGACGAGCCAUACCACAUCGCGCGCCGGUUUGCAUCGCUGGAUCAUCUGAGCGGCGGCCGCGCAGCGUGGAAUAUCGUUACGACGGGGAACCCGGAGAGCUCGAGGAAUUUUGGGAGGGAUGAGCACCUGCAGCAUAGCGAGCGGUAUAAGCGGGCGCGGGAGUUCUAUGAUGUUGUAACGGGGUUGUGGGAUAGUUUUGCGGACGACGCGUUCAUCCGGGAUAAGGAGAGCGGGAUCUUCUUUGACCCGGAUAGAAUGCAUGUGCUUAACCAUGAGGGCGAGGAUCUGAAGGUUCGGGGCCCGCUGAAUAUUGCAAGGCCGGUGCAGGGGUGGCCGGUUAUUGUGCAGGCUGGGCAGAGUGAGCCGGGGCGGCAGCUUGCUGCGGAGACGGCGGAGGCGGUGUUUUGUUCACCGAGGGACCUGGAGGGGGCGAAGGCGCUGUAUAGGGAUAUUAAGGGGAGGGCUGAGAGGGCGGGGAGGAAAAGGGAGCAUUUGAAGAUCUUGCCGGCGGCGUUUGUUCUUGUUGGGGAUAGUGUUGAGGAGGCGAGGGGGAAGAGGUUGGAGCUGGAUAGCCUUGUGCAUUAUGACAGUGCGAUUGCGUCGCUGAGUAUUGCGCUGGGGACGGAUGCUUCCGGCUUCGAUCCUGAUGGGCCUCUGCCGACUGAUCUUCCUGAGACGAAUGCGAGUCAUACGUCUCGUGCUGGGGUUGUCAAGCUGGCGGAGGAUGAGAAGCUGACGGUGCGGCAGCUGGCGCAGAGGCUUGGUGGGUACUCUGGGCUGGCGUUUGUGGGGACCCCGGAGAGCAUCGCGGAGGAGAUGGAGACGUGGUUGAGGGAGGAGGGCGCUGAUGGGUUCACGGUCGUCUUCCCCUUCUUGCCGCAGGGGCUGGACGAUGCCACGCAGAGGGUUGUGCCGGAGUUACAGAGGAGGGGCAUCUUCAGGGAGGAUUAUACAGGGACUACGUUGAGAGAGCAUUUGGGACUGCCCAGGCCGGAGAAUCAGUUCUUUGCUUGA